UGUUAAAAAAGAAGACUGCAGCUGAUUCUUUCACUCUCUCCAUGACUCACUGCAGAUCACAGUUCCAAACCCUAAUUUUCCAUAAUCUAAGCUCGAGCUAUGGCUUCACUCCCAAGUCCCCUCGAAUCUUUCUUUCAAAAUCCUCUCAAAUUCCUCUCCAAAUUCGACAAAUCACCCAACAAGAAGCCAUUUUCGAAGAAAGGAGAAGACUUUUCAUUGGAUUCAUUCAUAUCCAGUGCCCUAGAUGGAUUGAUACAGAAUCUUGUAAUGUUGGAUCAAGAUCGAAGGAGGAUUAGCGGGGGAAUCGUUAUGGAGAGGGAAGAAAUCGGUGGGUUUUUAUCGAAUUUGGGGUUCGCAAGAAUUGGAGGGCCUCGUUCGAGCUCCGAAUCGUUGAAUGCUGCUUCAAUGGAGGAGUUGAUUGAGCUUGUGCCUCAAUUGUCUGAUAAAGAGAAGCAAUUCUCAGUUCGGGAGUUUUUACAGUGCACACAAAAUGAAGGAAGACAAUUAUUUGAGGAGCUAGACAGAAAUAAAGAUGGGCAGGUAACCCUUGAAGAUCUCGAAAUAGCUAUGAGCAAAAGAAGACUACCAAAGAGGUAUGCUCGGGAACUUUUGCGCUGCACCAGAAGACACUUAUUUUCAAAAUCAAUCAGCUGGAAAGAAUUCCUCUCUUUGAUGGAGCAGAAAGAGCUAGCUAUUCUUCGAGCUUAUAGUACUCUGUCGUUCGGCGAUUCUUUGACACCUCAAGGAAAUCAAAUUGCAGGAUCACUUAGAAUUGCAGGUGCUCCUGAAAAUGAAGAUAAUACUGUUUCUUUGAUGCACUAUCUGAAUGUGGAUAAUGGAGAAUCUAUUUCCUAUAGUCAGUUUAGAAAUUUCAUGUUGCUUCUUCCUUCAGAACAACUUGAAGGGGAUCGCUGGUGUGUGAACAAGUGUCAUGAUGGUGGCAAUGCAGUGGAGCCACUUGCUCAAAGUGUACUGAAAUCUGCAUUAGCAGGAGGGAUUGCUUGUUCAUUUUCUGCUUUUGUGAUGCAUCCUGUAGAUACAGUCAAGACUUGUGUACAAGCAUCAACACUGUCACUUCCUGAACUUUUUUUGAAACUGCCGGAGUUUGGAUUUCAGGGGUUGUACAAAGGUUCUAUCCCUGCAGUUAUUGGGCAGUUUACUAGCCAUGGAUUGCGAACUGGUCUCGGUGAAGUCAGCAAGUCUAUUUUGACAAAGGCUAUUCCCGGACUUCCAGAUAUUCAGGUGCAAUCUUUGGCAUCCUUUAGUAGCACGGUUCUUGGAACUACAUACAGAGUUCCAUUUGAGGUUCUGAAGCAACGGCUGCAAGCAGGCAUGUUUGAUAACGUUGGAGAGGCUGCCAUUGUUACUUUGCAUCAGGAUGGUAUGAAAGGUUUCUUUCGUGGAACUGGUGCUACACUUUGUAGGGAACUGCCUUUCUAUGUUCUUGGUGCAGGUCUCUAUGAAGAAGCAAAAAAGGCUGUACAAAAAGUUCUUAGGAGAGACCUGGAGCCAUGGGAAACUGUUGUAGUCGGGGCAGUCACCGGAGGUCUAGCUUCGGUCCUCACCACUCCUUUUGAUGUAAUCAAAACAAGAAUGAUGACUGCACCUCAAGGCAUGCAAAUAACAAUGAAAAUGGCAGCCAUCACCAUUCUCCGUGAAGAAGGACCCCUUGCCCUUUUUAGAGGAGCUUUGCCUAGGUUCUUUUGGGUCGCACCGUUAGGCGCAAUGAACUUUGCUGGGUAUGAACUCUUAAGGAAGACAAUGGACAGGACUAGUUUCCUUACUGGUAACCAGCACAGCAAAAAGAGGCUUGCAGGUAAAGCAUAAUACCAGUUGAUAGUGGACUUCAGGCUUCAGUUCCUUCAGUUUUUCUGAAGGAAAAUAUUCUGCAGUUGAUAACAGUUGACGUUCUCUUUACUUUUUAUUCAUAGUGUGCGAACGGUCAAUUUUGUGUAUCAAUUAGAGACCACAGAUUCACGGAGGGGAAAAUCCACACAGUUUGCAGAUACAUUUUCAUGUGAAAUAUGUACUAUUUCUGGUAAUAAUAAUAUCAAGAUGA